CCUCCUUCGUGCCCACCAUCUCAUUUGGGGAGCUCUGGGACUGUGAGGGACUCCUGCAGUCCCUCGUGCUGAGACUAGCUGGGGCAGAGACUAUGAGGCAAGCCGCUCAUCGACCCAGGCCUCCUUAGGACCGCCCAGCCACCCAGCAAGCAAGUGAUCAGCCGCAGCGGAGAGAAAAACUGGAGAUAAAGGACCACAGUGGAUCACUGGGCAUCACCCCCCAGCAACUCCUGAGGACCCCAUCCAGGCUGAGGGGUUAUGAUGGAUGGCCAGACUCGCAGACACUGACAGACAGACACCACUACAGAUACACAGGGCUUGACAACACUGGCACACUGAGAUAGGACCGGCGACAGCAUCGUAUACCGCCACAGCCCUGCAACACAGACAGCCCCCACCCCACGCAGGAACAACUGGUAACUCUGAAAUAGGCACAGACAGUGACACAUAGCACCACCCUCCUCAGCACACACAAGUCGGGGUACCCAUCCUCCAAACACAUAUAAGACAUCACUGACCUGCAGGGACAGACCUGGAUACACACAUACACAUACCUUCAGCUAGGUUCUGCUGCUGGUGGCCUCUGCACCGCCCCCCCCCCCCAGGGGACACCCUUGCUUCUCCUCAUACUCUCUCACCCACAGAACCAUGAGCAAACAUACCUGACAUACCCCCAGCUCCAGCCCGGCAACCCUGAUACCUUCUGAAGCCUCCUUCGUGUGUGGGAAGAGCUCAGCCAACCUCUCUCUGAUGGAGCCUUGGUGAAGCCAGAUGCUUACAGGGAGAAGGGUCUAGCCUGGCAUGACCCUUAUCAGCCUCCCUACUUGGCUGGGUGAUGUCCCCAGGUCCAGGUUCUGGGGUCCCUUGCGGAAACCAUGGAGCAACUGACAACCCUUCCACAGCUUGGAGACCUUGGAGCCAUGGAGCCGUGGACACUGUCUGCCUGGCAGUGCUGGACUCAGGGCCAGGGGUGCGAACCUGGAGAUGCAACUGCAAGCAUUGCUGGUACGACAGUGCUGCAGGUUAGCGGACUGAGGUCUGAAGAGAAUUCUGAGCCUGAGGGAGCCCAUAUCCCUGGGCCUAUUGGGAAUACUGACCCUGAAGGAACAGAGACUGGGCUGCCCAAGCCAGGACAGCAAACAGAGAGCCCUGGGUACAGUGACCCCGGGCUAGAGGAUGAGGAGGCACAGGCUUACAAGGCCAAGCUGAACGUGGGCUUCGGGGUCAGGUCCAAUCUGGAGCUGCUGAGGGCCCUAGGCGAGCUGCAGCAGCGCUGUACCAUCCUCAAGGAGGAAAAUCAGAUGCUGAGAAAAAGCAGCUUCCCAGAGACGGAGGAGAAGGUACGGAGGCUAAAGCGGAAGAACGCAGAGCUGGCGGUCAUUGCCAAGCGCCUGGAGGAGAGGGCCCAGAAGCUCCAGGAAACGAACAUGAGGGUGGUGAGUGCCCCUGUGCCCCGACCUGGAUCCAGUUUGGAGUUGUGUCGUAAGGCCCUAGCCCGCCAGCGAGCCCGGGACCUCAGUGAGACAGCCAGUGCACUACUGGCCAAGGACAAACAGAUUGCAGCCUUGCAGCGGGAGUGCAGGGAGCUGCAAGCCAGACUCACUCUGGUGGGCAAGGAAGGUCCCCAGUGGCUGCAUGUGAGGGACUUCGACCGAUUGCUGCGCGAGUCCCAGCGGGAGGUGCUGCGUCUGCAGAGGCAGAUCGCCCUGCGCAACCAGCGGGAGCCGCUUCGGCCAGCCAGGCCCCAGGGUCCCACUGCCCUCUCCAGAGUAGGGGCACCGGCCCCCGGGGCCCCGGGAGAGGCCAUACUCCAGGAAGAUGUGGACAGCCCACAGGUGGUCCUAGGGGAACCAGAGAAGCAGCAAAGGGUGCGGCAGCUGGAGUCUGAGCUCUGCAAGAAGCGAAAGAAAUGCGAGAGCCUGGAGCAGGAAGCCCGGAAAAAGCAGAGGCGAUGUGAGGAACUGGAACUACAACUGAGAGCAGCCCAGAAUGAGAAUGCUCGCCUGGUGGAAGAGAACUCUCGGCUCAGUGGGAGAGCCACAGAGAAGGAGCAGGUGGAGUGGGAGAAUGCGGAGUUGAAGGGACAGCUCCUGGGAGUGAAGCAGGAGCGGGACUCAGCCGUUCGCAAAAGCCAGGGCCUGCAGAGCAAGCUGGAGAGCCUGGAGCAGGUGCUGAAGCACAUGCGGGAGGUGGCCCAGCGGCGGCAACAGCUGGAGGUGGAACAUGAGCAGGCUCGGCUCAGCCUGCAGGAGAAGCAGGAGGAGGUCCGGAGGCUGCAGCAGGCACAGGCAGAAGCCAAGCGGGAACAUGAAGGAGCUGUGCAGUUGCUGGAGUCUACGCUGGAUUCCAUGCAGGCCCGGGUUCGAGAGCUUGAGGGGCAGUGUCGCAGCCAAACUGAGCGCUUCAGCCUUCUGGCACAGGAGCUCCAGGCCUUCCGUCUGCACCCAGGCCCCUUGGAUCUGCUUACUUCUGCCCUGGGCUGUAGUGGGGACCAUCCACCACCCCACUGCUGCUGCUCUACCCCUCAGCCCUGCCAGGGGUCCGGCCCCAAAGACCUUGACCUCCCGCCGGGCUCCCCAGGACGCUGUACCCCCAAAUCUUCUGAGCCUGCUCUUGCUACCCUUGCUGGGGUCCCUCGAAGGACGGCUAAGAAGGUGGAGUCUCUUUCCAGCUCUUCCCGCUCAGAGUCCAUCCACAACAGCCCCAAGUCGUGUCCCACACCAGAGGUGGACACAGCCAGCGAGGUGGAGGAGUUGGAGGUAGACAGUGUCUCCCUGCUGCCAGCAGCUUCGGAGGGCAACUCGGGAGGAGCCAGGAUCCAGGUCUUUCUAGCACGCUAUAGCUACAACCCCCUUGAGGGUCCCAAUGAGAAUCCAGAGGCUGAGCUUCCCCUCACAGCUGGCGAGUAUAUCUACAUCUAUGGCGGCAUGGAUGAGGAUGGUUUCUUUGAAGGGGAGCUCAUGGAUGGCCGAAGGGGCCUGGUCCCCUCCAAUUUUGUAGAGCGUGUGUCUGAUGACGACCUCCUGACCUCUCUCCCUCGGGAGCUGGCUGAUAUGUCGCACAGCUCGGGCCCUGAACUCAGUUUCCUGAGUGGAGGUGGGGGUGGCUGCAGUAGUGGGGGCCAGAGCAGCGGGGGACAUAGCCAGCCCAGACCAGAGGAGGAGGCUGCAGGAGAUGAGCUCAGUCUGAGCCCCCCACCAGAGGGACUGGGCGAGCCCCUGGCUGUGCCUUACCCCCGCCAUCUCGUGCUCCUCAAGCAGUUAGCCCACAGUGUGGUGCUGGCCUGGGAGUUGCCUCCUGAGAGAAUAGAUCUACUUGGCUUCAAUGUCUUUGUCAACGGGGAACUUCGUCAGGCCUUGGGUCCCGGGGUGCCCCCCAAGGCUGUGCUUGAAAAUAUGGACCUGCGAACUGGGCCCCACCAUGUGUCUGUCCAGGCCCUAACCAGCAGGGGCAACUCAGAUCCUCUGCGCUGUUGCCUGGCUGUGGGUGCCGGGGCUGGGGUGGUACCCAGUCAGCUACGGGUCCAUCGGCUGACAGCUACGUCUGCUGAGAUCACCUGGGUACCGGGGAACAGCAACUUGGCCCAUGCCAUCUACCUCAAUGGAGAAGAGUGUACACCUGCUCGCCCCAGUACCUACUGGGCAACCUUUUGUCACCUGCGGCCUGGCACGCUCUAUCAAGCCCGAGUAGAGGCUCAGGUCCUAUCUCAGGGGCCUUGGGAACCAGGCUGGGAGAGACCGGAGCAGCGAGCUGCCACUUUGCAGUUCACCACACUUCCAGCAGGUCUACCUGAUGCCCCGUUGGAUGUGCAGGUUGAACCAGGGCCCUCUCCUGGAAUCUUGAUGAUCAGCUGGCUCCCUGUCACCAUUGAUGCUGCUGGUACCUCCAAUGGUGUCCGGGUCACAGGCUACACCAUAUAUGCUGAUGGGCAGAAGAUUAUGGAGGUGGCUUCCCCCACAGCAGGCAGUGUGCUGGUGGAGGUGUCCCAGCUGCAGCUGCUGCAGGCCUGCCAUGAGGUGACUGUGCGCACUAUGUCACCCCAUGGCGAGUCCACAGACUCCAUCCCAGCCCCUGUUGCCCCAGCCUUGGCUCCUGCCUGCCAGCCAGCCAGGAUGUCCUGCCUCUCACCACGACCAAGCCCAGAGGCCAGAACAGCCCUUGCUUCAGCCUCCCCAGGGCUUGGGGAUUCCAGCUUUCCCCUCCGGCAUCCUGCCCCUCAUGGAACUCAAGAUUCCCCUGCAAGCCUUCCCAUGGAGACGUCCAAAGGAUCCCAGGAGGAACCUGCAGUCUCUUGCGGUCAGGAAGAGUCUGGGGCAACUGUGCCGGGCACCUCAGAGGAGAAGAGGGCUAUCGAGUCAACCCUGGGCCAGGAAGGCCCUGGCCCUGUGGCUCCCUCCCUGGCUAAGCAGCAAGUAGAGUGGACUUCAGGAGAGACUGGUCCCACGCCUUGCUCCACCCAAGGAGAGCCGACCCAGAAGGCACCGAGUACUGAGGCCUGCCAUGGAGGAGAUCUGGGCUCGGGGCUGAAACACAGAACUGAGAAAGAAGAUACGUCAGAGCUUGGAGUUCGCAUGGUGAAUUCCCUUGUAGAUCACGGCCGCAACUCAGACUUAUCGGACAUCCAGGAGGAAGAGGAGGAAGAAGAGGAACAGGAACUGAGUUCCAGGCCUUGUUCCCCCCAGAAGCAGGUUGCUGGCAACAGCAUCAGGGAGAAUGGAGCCAAGCCCCAGCCCGACCCCCUUUGUGAGACUGACAGCGACGAGGAGAUCUUGGAGCAGAUCUUGGAGCUGCCCCUCCAGCAGCUCCGCCGCAAGAAGCUGUUCAGCAUCCCUGAGGAGGAAGAAGAAGAGGAGGAGGAGGAAGGGCAGGAGAAGCCAGACCCUAGCCAGCCUGAACUUGCAUUGCUAGGGCUGGACUGUGACAGCAGUCAGCCCCAGGGGCCUGGCCUGUGUCCCUUGUCUUCUGAGCCCUCUGGGGCCAGGGAGUACCUGGAGGAUAUGCUGGGAGUAGCUGGUGGAAACAGCCGGAGGAGAGGAGGUGGCUCCCCUGAGAAGCCCCCAAACCGCAAGCGACCUCAGGAUCCCCGAGAACAUUGCAGCCGACUUCUUGGCAAUGGCGGGCCCCAGACCACUGCACGGCCAGGGCCGCCACGGGAGAGGGGCAGCCUCCCUGUGAUUGAGGGCAUCAGGGUUGGACAGGAGGCUGGUGGGAGAGGGCGGCCGGGUCUAUCCCGGAGGCGUCCCCGUGGCCCUGCUCCAGAAUCCAGCUUGGUCAGCUGCCUCUCUCCAAAGUGUUUGGAGAUCAGCAUUGAGUAUGAUUCUGAGGAUGAGCAGGAGGCGGGCAGCGGGGGUAUCAGCAUCACCAGCUCCUGCUACCCCACAGAUGGGGAGCCCUGGGGCACAGCAGCCAUAGGAAGGUCAAGGGGACCUCUGAAGGUCAAUUCAGGGUCCAACCCCUACGUGCGCCUCCCAGCCUGGGAGAAAGGGGAACCAGAGCGGAGAGGCCGCUGUGCGACCGGCAGAACCAAGGAGCCACCCUCCCGGGCAACAGAAACUGGGGAGUCCAGAGGGCAAGACAACUCUGGGCGGAGAGGACCCCAGAGGAGAGGAGCCCGGGUGCCUAGGCCUGGAACCACUGAGUUGGCACCUCCAAGGAGCCCUCCAGAAGCACCAGCUCAUCAGAACUUACCUGUGAGGGUCUUUGUGGCUCUAUUUGACUAUGACCCUGUUUCAAUGUCACCCAACCCUGACGCUGGAGAAGAGGAACUACCCUUCAGGGAGGGCCAGAUCCUCAAGGUGUUUGGAGACAAAGACUCGGAUGGUUUCUACCGGGGUGAAAGUGGGGGCCGCACAGGUUACAUCCCCUGCAACAUGGUGGCUGAGGUGGCUGUGGACAGUUUAGCAGGGAGACAGCAGCUGCUCCAGCGGGGUUUCUUGCCCCCAGAUGUUCUCCCUGAGGGCUCGGGGAAUGGUCCCUCUAUAUACUCCUCAACCCAUAUGACUGGGCCUCCCCCGAAGCCUCGCCGGUCUAAGAAAGCCUGGAACAAAGAGGGAAAGGCAGGCAGGACUCAGAGACACAUUCUCUCCACAGUGGAGCUGGAAGGUCUCCAGCCGUGUCCAGGUCCUCCUAAGCUGGUCCAUUCUGCUGUCCUGAAAACCUCGCGACCUAUGGUGGCUGCAUUCGACUACAACCCCAAGGAGAACUCCCCCAACACGGAUGUGGAGGCAGAGCUGCCCUUCAGGGCUGGAGAUGUCAUUACUGUGUUUGGGAAUAUGGAUGAUGAUGGCUUCUACUAUGGGGAACUGAAUGGACAAAGGGGCCUGGUUCCAUCUAACUUCCUAGAGGGCCCCAGGCCUGAGGCAGGUGGCCUGGAGUCUGGGACAUCCCAAGCUGAGAGUCAGAGAACGAGGAGGAGAAGAGUCCAGUGCUAGAUGGAGAUAGAUAUUUGUAGAGAGAGCGACAUAACUCUGGAAGCACCAUCCAAGAGUCGCCAGUGCCCCCUGGCUGGCACUAUAGCCUCAGCUCUGGAAGUUCCUUCAGGAACAAACUAGGAGAGCCCCAGAGCAUAGCCGAAAAGAAGCAGGGUCUCCUCUCCAAAGGAAAGGAAUUCCUCAAAAAGCUGGGCUCCAGAAAAGAGUGACUGUCAUCGGUCGGCAGGUGGAAGUGGCCCCUGGGAGCUCCAGAUCGACUGGGUGCCUGGACAAUGAAGCCCAACCAAUCCAGAGCUCCUGUUCUCUGCGCAAACACUGACACUCAGAGGGAUCCAGGGUACCUGGUGAGGGCGGGGCUCCAUGCAUCCUUAGUGCGGGGUCCUCUAGAUGGACUGUGCCAGGCAGGAGGGAACUGAGACGCAGAGUAAGUAACUAAGCACCAUCAGAUCAGGGCUGGACCCACGCCUCUGGAUUCCCAGUCUGCCCUCCUAACCUCUUCCUGGCUUUCUGUCAGGCUCCUCCGAUCCUUUCUUGACCUUCCCUGCUUCCAGGGUAGCCCCUGGGUGGAGACACAGGCCACUCUAAUAGUGGCUCUGGCUGACUCCUCUCUGUCUUCCCUCCCCUGUGGGAACAUUUGCACUGGAGUGUCCCCUGGGACAGGGGCAGAGCCGUGUAUAUAUGUACAUAUUCAGUGCCUCAGUCCAGCUCCUCCAUCUGCUUCACCACACAGGUCAGGGGAGGAGAAAGGCCAUGCCAAAGCGGGCCUGACCCCGCCCCAUAGUGCUCCACCCCUCCCUGCCCAGGCCACCUGGCCUUGUGUCAUCCCAUCCCCGGAACCCAGGGGACCAGGGGGCAGAAAGCAGGAGCUGGGUUUGCCUUAUUUUGCUCAUUGGAUUCAACUUCUCUUUUGCAUCAUUUUCUUCCAGUCCCUGUUGGGGUCCAGGGGCUGAGGGAAAGGACAGAUUUAUGCAGCUAUUUUCAUACAUCCCUUGUUCAGAGAGGGUAGAGGUUUCUCCACCCCGCCUCUAACCAUCCCAUCUGUCACCCCUUGUCUGGGCGAGUCUCUUUGCAUGUUUCCUUUGCUAUGGUGGGAGAUGUUUGACUGAACCCCCACCCCUACCCUGGUCUCCAGGGGUGUGGGAUGGUGGGACAUUUGUUUAAAAUUACAUUUUAUUAUAAUAAAGUCUAUUUUCACAAAAUU